AAUCGACCUCGGCCUCUCUCGCAGCAGUUCAACCAAGACUUUGACGACGAUAUUCCCCAAUUCAAUCCCUUCAUGGGCUUUGCUCGCAUGAGAGAACUGCCGCCGUUUAGCGAUCGCUUCAGAUGCUACUCUAUCGCCAUGAAGCCCGACAACGACAAGCCUGAGCUGAACUUUGGAGGAAAAAUCUUGCUGCCCCCGUCAGCCCUCCACAAGCUUGCCCAGCUGAGUGUGGAGUACCCCAUGCUCUUUUCGAUUGGAACCCUGGACGAAACCAAAGUCUCCCAUUCGGGAGUGCUCGAGUUUACUGCCGAGGAGGGGCGGGUCUAUGUCCCACAGUGGAUGAUGCAGACGCUGCUGAUCGAAGAGGGCACCAUCGUCCGGGUCACCAAUGUGCGGCUGCCGCUUGGCACCUUUGUCAAGCUGCAGCCCCAGUCGGUCGAUUUCCUCGACAUCACCGACCCCAAGGCCGUGCUCGAAAACACCCUCCGGAACUUUUCGACCUUGACCGAGAACGACAUCAUCACCAUCCAGUACAACGACAAGUCAUAUGAGAUUUUGGUGAUGGAGACCCGGCCCAAGGGCAGAGCCAUAUCCAUUGUGGAAACUGAUCUUGAGGUCGAUUUCGCUGCCCCAGUCGGGUAUAAGGAGCCAGAGCCAACCCCGAAAUCUUACUCGGUGUCUUCGCUGCCUUCCAGUAGCAUCGAGGAACACAUCGUCGAGCGCGAGAAUCAGUUCGUGGCCUUCAAGGGCUCCGGAAACAAUCUGAAGGGAACCGUCUCGAUCACCAACACUGCCGAGAUGCUGGCUGCCGCUGGAGCAUCCAAUGUCACCGAGAUUCCCGCGGCCCUCCACCUGCCCUCGGGCAAGCUGUUCUUUGGCUAUCCAAUUGUUCCGUUGCCGGGCAGCGAGGCCGCAGACGCCAACGCUCCUUCGGCAUUCGCUGGGCAAGGAAGCAGCCUGCGAUCGGCAAAGGGCAAGGGCAGCCUCGACAGCGAUCCCGGCCCGAGCAGAAAAUGAGCACGAUGAUGACCCCGAAAGCGAUUGCGAUAGCGACUAGGACAAGUUAAAGUGGUCCUGCAGUGGGUCGUGGCAUAUUGCCGUUGGUUGACUGAGUCUGCCCAAGGCAGAUGAUUCAUAAAUUGUCCUAAUAUCAAUCGCCCGUCGGGAGUGAACUGUGUUGCUGUUACUGGGCCGAGCAGCUCCGUCGACUGCUGCCGUGGCGAACAGCACCGAUGGGGUGUCCUGUGAGAGUGCUUCAUGCGAUGCAGGCGAU